CAAAGUGUUUUGUAUGAGAAUAUGGGAUCCACGUGGUACCUCGCGCAAGUGAACGACGAUGGAGGCUCUGCGUGCAAGGUUUAUAAUACUUAUGUUUAUAUAGUCGACCGAAUAAUUCAGGUUGAAUCAAUUUUGGCGUAGGUUAACGGUCUGAUAUUUAAUUUGUUUCCUCCCGCCACUGUGCACCCAAAACCGUUGACACCAGAUACCCCUGACAAACGGCUACCCUAAGUAAAUAAUAAUAAUCAUCAUCGUCAUCGUCAUCGUCAUCGUCAUCUAUCCUUUAGACGCCAACUGGCGGAUAGGGCACCAAUAAGACUCCUCCAUCUCUGUCAGUCCUUGUUCCCACUUUAGGGCCUGAAUUACUGCCUCUGCAGUCCUUCUCCAGGUGGAAUUAGGACGGCCUCUCUUCAUUUUACCCUCUGGUGUUCAUCUGCGAACAACUUUCGAGAUCUUAGUGCUUUCUCAACGGAACACGUGACCGAUCCAACGUUAUCUUAGUCUUACACAAUCCCCGUGCCUAUUUAGAUAAAGUUGGCUUAGAAAAAGAAUAAAGUUGACUUCACAACAUAACGCUUUAUUUAAUUUUACGCUCUGUCCGCUUUUCUAAUUGCUAAACCUGUGCUUGUCUCCUAGGGUUUUGGCGCCGUGGGAUAAAAAAUCAUUUACUUUGUGUCAAGCCACCAGCCCUCUUUUUCUGUUUCAUAUAUUUUUUAGUUAGUUUUAAUUACUUCUCAUGCCAGGUCCGAAGGUGUUUGGAGCCAUCUUACAGAUUGGAGGAAAUCGAAUGAUGUUGGACGGAGCUGGUUUUGGGACCUCUGCCGAGAUGUACUACGACACGACUCUACAAGAAGCCGUUUCUCGAGGCCUUAAAUGCCACUCAAACGAUCUGUCAAAAAGCGUCAAAUUCGUCAGGCUGAUUACAAAGUACUUACAGGAAGAGUACAACAACAUAUUCUACGGAAAGGCGCAGAACCUGGGGCGAGUGCUUUGUAAAGCCUACGACGAGGCACUCCAAAAAUACGACGUAUUGAUUCUACCUACCCUUCCCAAGAAGGCACCAGUCUUCCCGCAAGAGAAUCCUCCCUUGGAAGAGUAUUUGGAAAAGGCAUUUGAAAUGGUGGUGAACUGUUCACCGUUUAACGUCACAGGCCACCCAGCGCUGUCAAUCAACGCGGGGUUCAGUGAUGGAUUACCAGUCGGUAUGAUGAUUGUGGGAAGAAAGUUUGACGAAGUCACUGUUCUGAAUGUCGCCUACGCUUACGAGAAGAUCAGGGAUGCGAAAGAAUAAAAACAAAACACAUGUUGAGUAGCAGAGAGGAAGCUAUAACGUUACUCAAAAGUUAUCAUUACUUUGGUUGUAAUCAUCAAAUGAUUACUUUGGUAUAGAAUUUAGAAAGAAGAGUUGUCAACAUAAAUUGCUCACACGCUAGGUUUGACAAUAAAGCUCGCGAGACAAUGAAUUUCAGAUACACUUAGAUGGUGCUUCAUGACUGUUUGACAUCUCACAGUUGAGUCAACUUCCAGCACGUUUGAAAGAACAUUUGUAACACAAUAGGUUUUAAAAGCCUACUUAGUAUAAGAUUGAUUUAUGCAGCCAAUAGAACAAUGGAAAUAAAAGUAUGCAUUCUUACUCGGCACGGAAUCCCAGUCCACUGCAAUUAAGAAAAGUCAUUAAAUAUUAACUGGAAAUGCUUUUUCUUUUA